UCGAAGAGGCCAAAGAGCUCGUUAAUUAGCGGCGUCUAGUGCGGCCGUGGACGCCGCAUAUAACGCGUGGAAAAACAGCGUAUGGACGAACGGACGGACGGAUGGACGGAUGGACGAGCUUUCACGUGGCGCACUCCUCGGCCGAGUCGAAAAGAGGAAAUCCAUCCAUACAGCGGCGCGCUGUGUGUGCGUGCGCGUGUGUGAGAGUGUGUGGGGGGGGCUUGCCCAAAUGUCUCUCGAUAUACUCCGCGCAUCCAGAGACGACGAGCCGCUUAACUGGCCGCCACCUCCUCUCUCUCUCUCUGUCGAUCGAUCGAUCGAUCCACUCUUCGACGACUCUUCUUUGUCCAGGUGAUCCUUAAUCGAACAAGAUGAGAUUCUACAUCCUAUUCUCGUUCCUGCUGCGAUUGGCGUUCACGUUUCGGCUACCGUUUCAGUUUCAGAUCAACCAAUUAGACAACAACAACAACAACGAGACAUCAUGUUGCUCGUGCAACUCCUUCAAAGACACGUCUUACAUGGCAUCAACGUGCGGCGUGAAGACAUCUUUUAUGAGCUUGGUCGAGAAAGUUAUCGCCUCUACUUGCGAUAUCGCUAAUCCUUGCAACAGGCUUGGCAGCGAGGAGGUGCCCAACGAAUGGUUCGAUUUUAUCGUGGUCGGAGCAGGGGUGGCCGGGCCCGUAAUUGCCAGGAGAUUAAGCGACAAUCCAUGGUGGAGGGUUCUGCUGAUCGAAGCCGGGCCGGAAGAGCCCUCGAUGACUUCGAUCCCCGGCCUCGCCGUUCACGCGGUCAACUCGACGCUGGAUUGGAGAUUCAAAACCGAGCCCACCGAACCCCACCCCACGGCCUGCUUAGAAAACGACGGAGUGUGCUCGUGGCCACGUGGAAAAAUGAUGUCAGGCACGGCGGGUAUGUACGGGAUGAUGUACAGCAGGGGGCAUCCGGAAGUUUACAACGGUUGGGCGCGUGGCGGCGCCACCGGCUGGUCGUACGACGAGGUGACGCACUAUUUCGAGCGUGCCGAGGACCCGAUCGACCAAUCGAUAUUAUCCGACAAGCCCAGGACCGUACCCGUCCCCGGCCCAAUGAAGAUUCAAUUCUAUCCCGACAAACCGGCGUUCGCCGACGAGAUUUUGAAAGCGGCGUCCGAGCUCGGUUACAGGACGUCGAAAUUGAAGGAGUACACGCAGACGGGUUUCAUGAUAGCCCCGAUGACGACCGACAACGGUGUAAGAGGGACGGCGACGAGGAAUUAUUUAAGGCCGGUCCACGGUAGGAGCAAUCUGAGAGUGUUGAUAAACGCUCACGUGACCAAGGUGCUGAUGGACUGGCAGGGGAAGGCGUACGGCGUGGAGCUGGUAGACAAGGACGGGUAUAAGAGGAUCGCGAAGGCGAACAAGGAGGUGGUGUUGACGGGGGGGACGAUCGGGUCGGCCCAUAUCUUGUUGAAUUCUGGGAUAGGGCCCAAGGAUCAAUUGACCAAAUUGGGGAUGCACGUGGUCAAGGAUCUGCCAGUGGGGAAGAAUCUUCACAAUCACGUGUCAAUAGGCGUCCAAUUCAGCAUCAAGGAUACGGCUUACGAGGCGAUGACUAUGAACAGCGUGAACGAGUAUCUGGAGACAAGGACCGGGCCCAUGACGAGCACCGGGCUUACCCAGGUCACCGCCUUCUUCGAGAGCAGUUACGCGGUCACGGGUAUCCCCGACAUCCAGGUGUUCUUCGACGGAUUCGCGCCCAGGUGCCCGAGGACGGGGCUCGAGUUCGAGUGUUUGAACGGGGCGCUUGGCCUGUGCCCGGAAAGGAGACAGAUCAACGUCAGGCCAACGGCCCUCACCGCGGCGAGCAAAGGCUACUUGAAACUACGCUCGAGCGACCCGUUGGCCCCGCCCCUCAUCUAUCCUAAUUAUUUCGUCGACACGAAGGACCUGAAGGUGUUGGUCGAGGGUAUCAAGAAAUCCAUACAACUCGUAGACACUCAAGCCCUCAAGCAAUGGGACUUCAGACUCGACACUGUCGUCCAUCCGAUGUGCACGGAUUAUCACUUCGGCAGCGACGCGUAUUGGGAGUGUUACGUGAGAGCGGCGACCGGGCCAGAGAACCACCAAUCGGGUACGUGUAAGAUGGGAGCGUACGACGAUCCAACAGCCGUCGUGGACCCGGAGCUUCGCGUGCGCGGCGUGUCGAAUCUCAGAGUGGCGGACGCGUCCGUGUUUCCUCUCGUGCCAAAUGGCAACCCUGUCGCCGCCAUCUUGAUGGUCGCGGAAAAAGCAGCAGACAUGAUCACGCACGCGUGGUCCAAGAUAUAAGUUUCUAGGGAAUUAUGAUAGGGAAUGUAGAGGGCGCUGUUAUGAAAUUCGAUCCGACUGAUGGAAUCGCGAGUAGUUUUCUAUCUCUCGUGGAUCCCAUUAAUUGGAACGGUUAGUCUGGUUACCACCACGAUACGAAUGUUUGUCGUGGAUUUAAAUUUAUGUUAUCGGCGAGAUCCGGAAUGUCAAUUUUGGAAUAAAAUUCUAAAUUUUAAAUUACGUUUGUAAAAACAGGUUUAUCUUAUCUACGGAUAAAAUUGUUCCUAAUAGCUUUUCAAAUGAAUUUUUGUAAUAUAUUCGUUUGUAACAUUCCGUUAUUUCUUUUAAUCCAAUUAUUUCGAAAUAUGUACAAAAAAAAAAAGAGAUAAGUAUUAUAGGGAUACUGAACGAUAGGAGAGUGAUGUGAAAAAACACUUAGAAUUGUACAUAUAUUCUUUUUUUUUUUUUCUCGAUAUUUUCCAUUUCUCAACGUGGAUCAUUUCCAAAAUUCUAGGAAUUUUCCUUAGGUGAUUCGUGGAGCGUUUGAUAAAAAGCAAAACGUUUCUUUAGACUUUGAAUUAUUCAGUAAAAGUGACAUCUUGACCUGUAUUAUUGCGCAACACAAUCCUUAGAACGCGUUUCUUUGAAUUUUUUACGAUCUCGAAAAAAGAUAAACUUUCGUUAACAUAUGAACUGCCUCUCGACCGUUUGAGAUAGAAUUUUUUUUUAAACAUUAAAUUUAACGUUUCGUGAUGAACAACGUUCGAUAUAUAAACUCCAUCGACAAAUUGGAGUCGACACAUUGUUUUAAUAAAAAAAUUGUUUCUCCAAACACGAUAAAUUAUUCCUAAUUAUUUUAUUAUUCACAUAUCACCACUUGUUGAACCUGCUAUUAUUAUCAAUUUACCGUUUCAUAACGAAUAUAUAUUUUUUUUUUCUCUCUCGAUAUCAGAAAUAUCUGUUAUCUUCGUGAAUCUUAAUGAAGUUUCGUGUACAUUUUGGAAUCACGGAAAGGAUUAAAAUAAAAUCGCAUCGAUGAUAAUGA